AGGACAGGGAAAAAAAAUAAAAAAUAGACAUACGACGAGAAAAUUGACAAAACUAUCUUUUGACUAGAAACUGUAUGAUGCAUUCCUGGGUCCUCUUAGUCAUGUUCCCGGCCCUUUUUAUACAAAGUUCUUGACUCUGCCACGUUGGAUUUUUGAUAGACCCGCAGGCACAGCGUAAAGUAAUUUCCUUUCCUACAUGCUGAUCACAUGGAGAGUGACAGACUACCAACUGACUACCAACACUCUUUAUGUGCCUAUAGGUACAAGGCGUUCAGAGACUUGCAUGACAAGUAUGGUGAAGUGGUUAGACUAGGUCCUCGAAGUAUCUCUAUUUCCAACAAGGAAAUGAUCAGACAGGCUCUUGUCACAGAGGAUCUUCCCAAGGGCCCCCUCUAUAAACUCUUUCAAAGAGAGGGUGUUCAAACGUUAUUUAGUACAAUGGAUCAAGAUUGGCAUAAAAAGAGAAGAAGAAUUGUCUCGCCUGCAUUUUCCAUCAAAUAUCUAAACUCGCUAGAACCCUUUAUGGUGUCUGUCACUGAAUCAUUGAUCAAAAAGCUGGAUGCCGACAUCGCUGCUUCCCUCGACGAGGCAAAGUAUGGUACUGUCGACAUCUGGAACAUGGUCCAACGUCUCGCACUGGAUGUCAUUGGAGAAACCGCUUUCGGCCAGAGUUUCCAUAUGGUGGAGAACAAUAGUCAUUUUGUUCCUGGCGCGAUUGCUGAACAAAUGCGUCUCAGUGCUGUCAGUGUCGUCUACCCUCUUCUUUCCAAACUUUUCAUCAAGAAUGCUGGCAAAAAUAACCCUCAAUUGACAAAGUUUUUAAACAAUGUGAUUGAAGAGCGUCUGCAUAACAAAGAGAGCCAAGAGCGUAAAGAUAUUCUCCAAUUCCUUAUCAACAGCAGCCAACAACAGGCUGCCGAGAGCCACAAUGACAAGUUGACAGCAGAAGCCAUCAUGUCAGAGACGGUGUUGUUCUUGGUGGCAGGUUCCGAGACCACAUCCAACACGAUCGGUUUUGUUUUCAUCGAACUGCUCAAUUAUCCUGAACACUUGAAAAAGCUCUACGAGGAAAUCGAUACGGUCGAGUGGGAAGAGGGCCAGCAUGUCUUUCACCACAAUCAAAUCAAGCAUUUGCCCUAUCUCAAUGCUGUCAUCAACGAAACAUUGCGUUUGGACGCUGUAGCUGCCGGUGCUUUACACCGUAUGACUGUAAAGCCGACUGUGCUGGGUCAUCUCUCCCUUCCCGCCCGCAUUCACGUCAACUGCAAUAUUUGGCAUGCUCAAACAAGUGACAAGUAUUAUCCUGAUCCUUGGGCAUUCCAUCCCGAAAGAUGGAUAGAGGGUACAGAUGACUUGGAAGCCUUCUUCCCUUUCAGUGCUGGCUCCCGCAAUUGUAUCGGCAAGAACUUUGCCAUGCAAGAAAUGCGUAUUGCCAUAGCGACCUUGUUAAAGACGUACGACAUUGCUCCUAUUCCUCAAGAAAUGGAAGACGCCACAUCACGUAGACACUUUAUUACCAUGACCGUUCAAAAGAAUAGUUUCAAGAUCAAAAUGAAGCGUAGAAUCUAAUGACCUUUUUUUUUUUUACUUUUCUUCUCAUCCCGCCUCCCCCCGUAUUCUCUCUCUUUUCCGUAUGUACAUAUGAUUAUUUAUGAAUUCAAAUAAACGCCCUCCGGGUAGACAACGCGUUGCGAUACG